UCGUCAAUUUCUCAGUUUCCUCUUCCCAUUCAAACUUUGAGCCUCUCUCUCAAGAAAUCGAUCUCGCGAGAGCUCUCCUAAACUUACAGAACCGGAAAGAGCGUCUGGGUCUUUUCCCUUUUGCGGCCAUCGCUGAGGCGCCAACGGUCAAAAUGAAGUUCAAUCCCUUUGUGACAUCUGACCGGAGCAAGAACCGCAAAAGGCAUUUCAAUGCACCUUCCCACAUUCGCAGGAAGAUUAUGUCUUCUCCUCUUUCCAAAGAGCUGAGACAGAAGUACAAUGUUCGGUCCAUGCCCAUCCGAAAGGAUGAUGAAGUUCAGGUUGUGCGAGGACAUUACAAAGGGCAGCAAAUUGGCAAAGUGGUCCAGGUUUACAGGAAGAAAUACGUCAUCUACAUUGAACGGGUGCAGCGGGAGAAAGCUAAUGGUACAACUGUUCAUGUGGGCAUUCACCCCAGCAAGGUGGUUAUCACUAGACUAAAACUGGACAAAGACCGAAAAAAGAUCCUUGAACGUAAAGCCAAAUCUCGCCAAGUAGGAAAGGAAAAAGGCAAAUACAAGGAAGAAACAAUUGAAAAGAUGCAGGAAUAAUGUAAUCUUAUAUACAGCUUUAAUUAAAAACUUGAAAUGAAGA